GUAGCUCUCAUAUAUAUUCACGCUUUUUCUAGGGCUUCAGAAAAGAACUCUUUUCAAAACAGACGCGUGUGAAAGAGGCGCCAUGGAAGAAGUUAGGUCAAGUUCUGCUUGGGUUGCAACUCAUGCUUCUCAUGUUGUCGUCGACUCUUCAGGAAUUGAAAAGGUGGUUGAUACGAUUGAGGGUUCAAUUCCAAAAAUUGAAUGGAAUCACGAAGGGAUUCAUUAUUUCGACAAUGGGCCGCUAACUGUUCAGUAUUUAUUUGUUUUAGAUGCUUUGAAUUUCUGUUUCUGGCCUGACAAGGAUUUGAAUUAUGACAAUUUGGCUUCUGGGUUGAAGGAGGCUGUUGAAAAGGAUAAGUCAGUGUUCGAUGCUGAUCGUCUACAAAAGUACACGGGUCCCCAACUAAGAGAGUUACUGAAGUGGCCUCGACCACUUCCAUUGGAGGAUGAACGUGUCCGCUUACUUCAUGAGGUAGGCAAAGAGCUAGAGAGGAACUUCGGUGGAAAAGCAGUAAAUAUAGUGGAGUCCUGUGGAAAAUCUGCGGUGUCUCUUGUUGCCACUAUUACCCGCCACUUUCCUGGUUUUCGGGAUCACUCAGUGUACAAAGGUCACCAGGUUUUCUUGUAUAAAAGAGCACAGAUUUUUGCAGCUGAUUUGUGGGGAGCAUAUAAGGGUCAAGGAUAUGGCGAAUUUAAUGACAUAGGCUCGAUUACUAUAUUUGCCGAUUAUAUAGUUCCAGCUGUGCUUAAGAAACUUGGUGUAUUGAAAUACAGUUCAACAUUAUCUAGCAUCAUUGAGGCUAACAAUGAAAUAGGUUCAGGUACAGAGGAGGAAGUUGAGUUACGCGCUUGCUCUAUUUAUGCUGUAGAGAAAAUGAGGGAGUUGAUCAAGAUUAAAUCUGGCAAACAGGUACUGAGCGUGGAACUGGAUCUUUGGCUCUGGUCUUAUGGUAUCCAAUGCCCAUCACUACAACAUCAUCGUACACUCUCGAUAUAUUAUUAAAGGAACAACGCAGAACCUUCCCACCUUUCCUUGGUUCAUUUGCCCACAUUUUAAAAUAGAUGAAAAACUGGACUGAGCUAAUUCUAGGCACCUAGAAACCAAAUUGUAGAAGAUAGUUAUUAUUAAAGUUUAUUUCGAUGAUAUGAAGGUGAUAUCUAGUUUUUGAGAUCAUCACCACUUAUGUCAUUC